AUGACCAAUUAUGUCUUUUGGCCUAAGAAACUCCGUAAGAAGGAAGUUGAAUACCAAAGCGAGACUUUAUAUGCAAUCGCGAUCUUCAAGAAUGAUACCGAUUAUGUUGUGCUGGAUGUAAUUCCGAGAGCGUCGGUAGAAGGCAUAAAACUUUUAGAGGCUCAAUACCGUGUUAUUGCAGAAAAGUUAGAAAAUAGUACGCAAUGGUCCUUUAAGCUUGAAAGUGCUGUCGUGGUGGAGUUCGAAGCUCCAAGACUCAAAUUAAUGCAAUUCUUCUCACUGGAACCUAUUUCCCUGAUAUUACCUGAAAAGGAGUUUGAUAAAAAAGUUAGAGCUCUAAAAGAUGGGUCCUUACGCAAAUUGAGUAAUCAUCCCCGCUACCAAUCAAAGAAUGAACGACUAAGGCAAACACUACGUCUACUGAACUUGUAUUAUAGGCACCUGAGUAGAUUCAGCAAAGCUUAUCCAAAUCUAUGUUAUCAACAACCAAGUUUUAAAGACCUUAUGCUUUCGCUUAUUGAGCACUCGGUUUUAUUUCUCAGAAUCUGCAAAUAUUUCUCAACUAUUGUGACUUCUUUAAUUAUGACCAUUUGCUUCCUUGCUAAAGCCAUCUUCUCCAUACUAAAUUGGAAGAUGUUUCCUUUGGUUAAUAUUUCAGCGACUGCUCGACAAAUUGCUUUACGCUGCCAACAGAUAUGUUAUUUUCCACUACAAUAUUCAAGAAUCUAUGAAAAAGGUUCAUUAAAGAAGGCACAUCAUGAAACCGCAAUCCAUUUACAUAAAGAUUUACCCAGCAAAUAUUAUCCGGAUUACAUUCGUUUCUACAAUACCUUAUGGUUAAUCAUUAACGACAUUUCUUUUGGUUUGAUAUUGAGCGCAUUGCUUAAUAAACAUAGACAAUUUUUGGCUAUAAAUGUACAUUUUAUUGUAAACUUCAUCUUUAGUGAGAUUUUUCAAAAAAGUGCAAUUUCUCUGGCUAAUAACCCAUUUGGGAUUAAAUUGAAUGCCGAAUUGGGUACCUUCUUAAGUGAUAUAUUUUUGUGGAUUAUCGAUUUUUCAUUUACAGCAUUUGUGAAACCACUGACAACUGAAAAAAAUCUUUAUCGAUUUAUUGAUUUAUUAUCCCAAAUCACAUGUCUCAUCGGUGGGUCAUUUGGGAUUUCAAUCAUUACUGAUUUCUUUACCUUAUUAUCUAUCCCAAUCUAUAUUUUUUACCACAUAAGUGGGAAACUAUAUUUCUGGCAAAUUAACAUAAUGGGAAGCCUUUUUUACUUAUUCUGCGGUAAGAAGAAGAACGUGUUGAGAAGAAGAGUAGACACCAAUUAUUUCCAAUUGGAUCAAUUACUGGUAGGGACAUUAUUUUUUAUAAUACUGCUAUUCUUGACUCCUACAAUCCUAUCCUUUUACAUAUUUUACGCAACGUUACAAAUGAUAUCUAUUUGGAUAGAGAUUGGAUUAGAGUCAAUUAUUGCCAUGGUAAACCAUUUCCCUUUAUUUGCUCUGUUAUUACGAAUAAAAGAUCCCAAAAGAAUGCCUGGAGGAAUUUGUAUUGUUUCUGUUAGAAACAAUAAAGAUCAUGAACCAAUUUUUGAAUUGCGAAGUAACGCCAUUGCUCUUGGAUUAAUGUUUAAACCAUAUAGCAUCUUACUGAGAAGCUUGCUAAACAACUAUUUCUCUAUCCAAACUUUCAAGAAAUUACUUUUCGGUAUUCCAAUCAUGGUUAACAUAAAUAAAAUGUAUUUCAUCUUAUAUUCGUCCCUACCCAAAGAACCUGUUUCUCUUUUCACGUUGAAAGAGCAAUUUUUUGGAACUAUCUCUGAAAAUGGAGAAUGA